GGUGCCCUCACAGCCAUGAGCGAGGAGGAAACGCUGCUGGCAGUGCAGAAGGGCGGAGGGUCGAGGGAGUUGCUCAAACUGCUGUACCCUGUUGACCCCACUGCGUCUCAGGUGCGGUACCUUGAGUACGUGAGUCGGCGAAGCAGCAUGCCCACGUGGCCCCCAGAGGAGCGCGUGGUUCAACUCGACUGCAUGAUCCUUCGUACGGUUCCCAGAUUCGAUUCUGCGGGCGGCUGCCGCCCGGCAAUCAAGAUCUACGGGCGGGUCCCUGAGAGCACGCACAGGGAGACGACGCUGCUGUUCCACAGCCUGAAGCGGGCGCAGAGGGGAUGGGGGACGCCGCCGGGGGGAGGAUGGGGCGGUGGCACGCCAAGGGGAGGCUGGGGAACUCCUGGGGGAGGGUGGGGAACGCCAGGAACGCCUGGAGGAGGGGGGUGGGGGACGCCAAGAGGGGGGGGAGGGUGGGGGACGCCGAUGGGGGGCGGAGGGUGGGGGACGCCGAGAGGGGGAGGAGGGUGGGGAACGCCGAGGGGUGGGGGAUGGGGAACGUCUGGGGGAGGAUGGGGGACGCCACAGGCAACUCCUAGAGGAGGAGGGAAGGGGGGAUUCAUUCCGCACUACAAGCAGGUAGGAGAGGAGGAAACUUUUGAGGCGCCUCAAAGGUGGGGGAUGGGGAACGCCUGGGGGACGCCACAGGCAACUCCUAGAGCAGGGGGAAAGGGGGGUUUCAUUCCGCACUACAAGCAGGGCGACAUGGAGGUGGUGAAGGUGAACGUGCAGGUGGCAGUGCAGGGAGACGUGGUGGUGGAGUGUAUGCGUCCCGUUGAACUGCCUCGAUACCUCUUUUUUUUUCCCCCCUGCUCCUCCACCCCAACAUCCCCUCCCCAGGGAGACACAGAAGUGGUGAAGGUGAACGUGCAGGUGGCGGUGCAGGGGGACGUGGUGGUGGAGUGCGUGCAUGUGGACGAGGAGGGCGAGGGCGAGGCGGUGAUGUUCCAGGUGGUGUUCAACACGGCCUUUCUGCGCUCCAACAUGCUGCUGCUCGACCGCCACCAGCUCGAUAUCCUCUGGGACGCCAGCGCCAGCUUCUCAGAGGAUUUCCGGGUCGAGCUUCUAUUCGCAGAGCCGGACCACGACAUCCCACCCACGCCCUCGCCCAGGUUCUUCCACAGCGACUCCUCCCGGUUCUCACCACACCACUCCACCACCCCAUCAGCGUCUUCCUCCCCUCUCCCCGACGAGGACUUUCAGACGCUCGCUGCUCUCUUCCAGUCAUCCCACUGGUCUCCUGACGACAGCCGCAGGGCUCUGGAUCACCUCCGCUUGCAGCUCCUGGGGGAAGCCUCAGGCGCAGGAGGAGGAGGAGCAGGUGUAGCAGGACCUCCUGGUUCCCCUGGGUUCUCGAUUCCGCCUUCGCUUGCCGCGUCGCUUGGGUCGGGUUCGGUUCCAGGUUCGGUGCUAGGGUCGCUCGCUGGGUCGCUGUGUGGUUCGGCUGCCGCGUCUGCUGUAUGCUCGCCAAGAGCUGCUGCUGCAGCAGCUGCUGGUGUUUUUCCUGGCAAGCUCACUCAUCCCCAGGUGCAGCUGCUGCGGAGAUCGGGUGCUGCUGGUGGUGGUGGUGGUUCGGGCGAAUUCUCCGGCCCGCUCUCUCCUGCUUUGUUCACGUCCACGUCAGCGAAUGAACGGCAGCACGAGGCACUGCCCAAGUGGUCCAUUCAUGACGUGGAGGAGGAUGAGGAGGCUGAUUUCUCCAAGCUCGUGGAUGAGCCUGGUGAUGAGUCAUCAUCUCGUGACACGUCACCGACUCUCUCCAGUGACGUGAUUGGCUCGCGGGGAUCCACCAGAGAGUCCAGCUCAUCACCUCCCGCGAACCACAAGCUUUUCUCCUCUCCUCGCAGUUCUUCUGCUUCUGCUGGUGGUGGUGGUGGUGGUGGUAGGAGCGGUAGCAGUGGUGCUGGUGUAACUAGAGCAAGGCAGAGAGCAGGUAGAAAAGCAGCACAAACAGGCAGACUAGGGAAGGUGGAUGUGAGUGCGUUGAGCGUGGGAGUGCUGUUCGGGGGGUCUGUGGAGGAGGAUGAUGAGGAGGAGGAGGACGAGGAGGAGGAAGGGCUGGGGGAGGAAGGCUCUCGAGAGAAGCAGAUGAGGAUGCUGCGGGUCUUAGGCAGGUUUGGUGCACCUGAUGCUGGUGGUGGCGGCGGCGCAGGUGGUGGUGGUGGUGGUGGAAGAAGUGUUGGGUCUGGCUCAGGACUUAGAAGCAGUCUGGAUGGAGGGAUUGCAGGAGGUGGAAGGGGACGGGGAGGAGUGGGAGGAGUGGAAAGCGGUACUGGGAAUCAUCACUCUGGUAAAGUGGGAUUUGCAACGUCAACCGUGGGUGAGCAUGGGGAUCUGGCCAGUGCAAGAGGAACAGCUGGGCUAGUUUUAGGGUUUGGUCGGAGGUCAGUAGAGGGUGAAUCAGGGCCGGGAACAGGGAGAAGAAAAGCAGCAGCAGGAGCAGGAGCAGGAGUAACAGCUGGGGGGGUUGACAGUGACAAACACGCUGGGGUGGGGCGUGCAAGGGAAGGGUUGCAGGGGCUGCGAGGGAAAGAGCUGCUGGAGAUUCCCCGGCAUAAGCUGAAGCAGGCGCGCACCCACAAGCACGCGCAUGAGCUCGCUCUCUUGCCUCUUGAUCUGGCUGGUGGUGGCCCGUCGCUGUUUCGCUUUGAGCAUGACCUUCCUCUGCCUGCUGUGCUGGCAGGGAAGGGUGAUGUAGGGUUAAGAAUGAAUGAUUUGAGAAGGGAGGAGGGUAGCAGAGGGAAGGAGACGCUUGGUGGAGGAGCAGAGACGAGGUGGAAGGGAAAGGAAGGUGGAAUGUCGAGUGGUGUGAGUGUGGAAGCAGCAGGAGGCAGGGGAGGGGACGGGCAAGCCUCGGAGGGGUUGACAGACGGGGGUAAGGUGGGAGGGGCGGAAGGAGGAGGGCAUGAGACGCAGGAGAAGGGUGGAGCAGAGAGCACGGAAGGAUCACCUUCGGACUGGAACGAAUCCCGCAGGAAGUCUCGGAGGGAGUUUGUCAAGGGCCUGUCUCUCAAGAUCCCUGACAGCGCAGCAGGUGACAACGACGGAGGGAGCAGUGACGGCGGGGGGAAGGAGAACGACGUAGACGACCGCAAUGGUAUCAUCCGCAGCAGUAGCAGCAGAAGAAGCGGCGGGUUGGAGGAUGGGGCUCCUUUGUCUGUUCGGGAGCGGUGCGCGUCCCUAGGCAGCAGAGGAGGGAGCUUCAAGGGGGGGAAAGGGUCCAUGGAUAGUCCUUCUGCGCCCAAACUGGGCUCUGACUUGGCGUCUCUAGGGAGCAGAUCAGGCAGGGUAGCGCAGCUGAGAUUGAGCCUAUUACAAGAGCUGGAGAAGGAGAAGGAGAAGGAUGGAGUGGCAGGGGCAGGAGCAGGGGCGGGGGCAGGAGUGGUGGCACAUAGUUCGCCUAGGCCAGUCGUGGAUGAGUGCUUGUCUGCUAGGCAUAAGCUGCAUGUGGUGUGGCCCCCUCCUGGGCAUAUGCUUGCUGGAGGGGAUGGUGGAGGAGGGGGCGGUGAUGCUGGUGGUAGGGGUGGUGGGAGAGGGAGCGGGAAGCGGCAUUCCACAGGGGGGAUUGGGAUGGAGGGAGCGGAGGAGAGGAAGGGGUCUGGGCUGGUGAGGAGUUUCAGCCGGCGGUUCAGUGGUGGUGAUGUGGGGUUGAAGCUGAAUAAGGUGCAGACACCAAACGCUGCUGCGGCUGCUGCUGCGGCUGUGAUUCUCAGCUCGCCCGUUCCAUCCAUUGCUGCUGAUUCUGCUGCUUCUCCUGCUGCUGGUGCUGCUGCUGCAGCUGGUGCUGGUGCUGGUGCUGGUGCUGGUGCAAGUGGCAUUGAUGGAGUGCGCACUGCAGCAAGGGGGGAUGCAGCUGAGAAUCCAGAUGCUGCUGCUGCUCCCUCGAACACUGCCUCUUCCUGCUCUCCCCCUCGUUCCUCUGCUCGCAGCAUGGCAGUUCCUCUCAGUUCCUCCCCUGCAGCGCCUUCAACAGGAGCACACCAAGCACCUCCUACCGCUUCCCCUCCACCACCACCCCCACCUCCUCCCCCUGCUCCACCUCCACCUCCUCACCCGUCUGGAAGUGCGGUGCCAACCCCCCCUCCUCCUCCACCCACACCCCCCCCACCUCCUCCCGGAUCAGCCCCCCCUCCACCCCCCCCUCCUCCCCCUCCCCCACCCGCCCGCCCACCCGGGGUGCCUCCUCCUCCCCCGCCUCCUCCUGGCGCUCCUCCCCCUCCCCCACCCCCACCCGCCCCCCCUGCCCCUCCAGGCAGAGGCCCACCUCCCCCUCCUCCCCCUCCCCCUGGGAAGGGUGCACAUCCCCCUCCCCCACCUCCUCCUGGCAGGGGCGCACCUCCCCCACCCCCACCCCCGCCUGGAGCCCGCGGUCCCCCUGGUCCCCCACCCCCCCCGCCUCCCCCUGGUGCACCACGAGGCCCCCCAGGCGGCCCUCCCCCUCCCCCUCCCCCCCCUGGCGCACCAAGAGGUCCCCCAGGCGCCCCUCCCCCUCCCCCUGGACCCAAAGGUCCUCCGCCCCCUCCCCCUCCGGGGGGGAAGCUUCCGCCACCUCCCCCCCCUGGGGGGAAGCUGGCGCCCCCUCCUCCACCAGGGGCAGGGAGAGGGGCGGGAGUGGGGGCCCACCAGCAGCACUACCAUCAGCAAUCAGGGGCAGCUGGGGCUGCUGGCGCGGGUGUGAGGAGAACGCCUCUCAAGUCAUUUUACUGGGGGAAGGUGGUGCGGCCAGUGGAGGAUAGCCUCAACCUGGAGCUGAAUCUGGAGGAGCUAGAGGAUCUCUUCUCAGCAGCACCGCCACCCAAGGCAGUCAAGCCAAAGCAGCAAGAGACAGCCAAAGUGGAGAAAGUUACCCUGAUUGACAUGAAGCGCUCCAACAACUGUCUCAUCAUGCUCUCUAAUUUCAAGAAGUACACCUACGCGCAGCUUGUGGAUGCAGUGCUGGCGCUGGACACAACAGUGCUGAACGAGGAGGGCGUGGAGGCCCUGCACAAGUUCAGCCCCACCAAGGAAGAAAUAGAGCUGCUCAAGUCUUUCCCGGGGCCAAAGGAAUCGCUGGGACUAUGCGAGCAGUUCUUCCUGGAAAUGAUCCGAGUGCCUCGCAUAGAGCGCAAGCUCCUCGCAUUCCAGUUUAAGCUCUCCUUCUCACGACAGGCAGUGGAUGUGCGUCACAGCAUGGAGCUGGUCAUACAGGCAUGCAAGGAGAUCCGCGAGUCAUUCCGCCUGCGUCGCAUCAUGCAGACCAUCCUGUCUCUUGGCAACGCCCUCAAUCAAGGCACUGCUCGCGGUGCUGCCAUGGGGUUCAAGCUGGACAGUGCUGCAGUGGGGUUCAAGCUGGAUAGCCUGCUGAAGCUUACGGACACCAAGACACGCAACAGCAAGAUGACUCUCCUGCACUACCUUGCUAAGGUGCUGGAGACGAAGCUGCCAGAGAUAGCCAAGUUCCCAUCUGACCUGCCUUCGCUGGAGAAAGCACACAAGGUGCAAGUGAAGCAGCUAGCGGAGGACAUGCGGCAGCUGACCAACGACAUGGUCAUGGCGGAGAAGGAGCUCACUGCCUGCGGCUCUGAUGGGCCCUGCGCCGAGGGCUUCCGGAAGGCACUGGGCGCGUUCCUGGAGGAGGCAGCAUCAGAUGCGAGGCAACUGUCAGCACUCUAUGCUGAAACUAGCCGCAGUGCAGAGGCUCUGUCAAAAUACUUUGGCGAAGAUCCUGCCAAGUGCCCUUUUGAACACGUUACUCUGAUUCUCUUCAACUUCAUGCAGAACUACAAAAAGGCAGUGGAGGACAACAACAAGCAGGUGGAGGCGGAGAGGAAGAGGCUAGAGAGGGAGCUCAAGGCGCAGCACAAGGCGGAAAGAGCCCUGUGCCACCCCACCACACCCCGACGAAGCGGCAGCAGCAGCAGCAAUGGCAGGAACAACAGCAUCGGCGUUCCGAACGGCACCGCCACCACUCCUCGUCGAACCCCGGGAACGCCCAGAGCAGGCAGCACGGGGGGCGCACGUACCCCCCGGGGAGCAGCAGGCAGUGGUGGUGGUGCUGCUGCUCCUGGUUCUGCCGGCACGCCGCGCACUCCCAGAGCCAGCAGCGGCAGCAGCUUUAGACGGAGCACGUCAACCAGCAGUAAUGGGGAUGGGCGCAGUGGGUCGUUUCGAAGGAGCUCCUCCUCUGCCACCUCUUCUGCAGACUCUACUGCUAUGCCCGGAUCUGCUUCUGCUUCUACCUCUGCUUCUGCUUCUGCUUCCGGUUCUAGUGCUGGUCAAGCUGGGUGUCAGGAAGGCUCUAGGGCAAGUCCAGAGGAGGCAGUGAAUGAUUCUGCUGCUGGUGCUGCUGAAGGGACAGAGAAACGGGGGACGUCAAGGCCAGACGAGUUGUGUGAGGGCAACGGUGGCUAUCGGGAAAGUGGCAGCGAGAAUAACGGGAGCAGAGGGAUUAGGGGAGCUGGGCCUGCUGCUAGCAGUAAGGAGGCGGGACAAGGAGGGAAGACUCCUAGAUCUGGGUCGUUCAGAAGGAGCUCUGGAGAGGAAAGUAUGGGGCAGCAUGGGACGGGACCAGGACGGGGCAGUCAGAGUUGA